AUGCCGCGCUCGCGGGGACGGGAGCAGGGGCGCUGCGGCUGCCCCGCGGGGAGGGCUCGCGGCGGAGCCGGGAUUUCGGCGCUCGUGCCGGGCGUAGGGAGCCGCUGGGGCCGCCCGCCGCCGCCAACGCCGCCGCCGCUUCUGCUGCUUCUGGGCUGGGGGCUGCUCAGCGCCUCGGCCGCAGCGGGCCAGAACUGCACGUUCCAACUGCAUGGCCCUAAUGGGACGGUUGAGAGCCCAGGGUUCCCGUAUGGCUACCCCAACUAUGCCAACUGCACAUGGACCAUCACGGCGGAGGACCAGCACCGGAUCCAGCUCGUGUUUCAGUCCUUUGCCCUGGAAGAGGACUUUGAUGUCCUGUCGGUGUUUGAUGGUCCACCCCAGCCGGAGAACCUGCGAACAAGGCUCACGGGCUUUCAGCUGCCGGCCACCAUCGUCAGCGCAGCCACCACCCUCUCUCUGCGUCUCAUCAGCGACUACGCGGUCAGCGCCCAGGGCUUCCACGCCAGCUAUGAAGUUCUCCCCAGUCACACGUGCGGGAACCCAGGGAGGCUGACCAAUGGUGUCCAGCAGGGCUCAACCUUCAACCUUGGCGACAAGGUCCGCUACAGCUGCAACCCCGGCUUCUUCCUGGAGGGCCAUGCCGUGCUCACCUGCCACGCUGGCUCCGAGAACAGUGCCACGUGGGACUUCCCCCUGCCCUCCUGCAGAGCGGACGAUGCCUGUGGCGGGACCCUGCGAGGCCAGAGUGGCAUCAUCUCCAGCCCCCACUUCCCCGCGGAGUACCAUAACAACGCCGACUGCACGUGGACCAUCCUGGCCGAGCUGGGAGACACCAUCGCCCUGGUCUUUAUUGACUUCCAGCUGGAGGAUGGUUACGACUUUCUGGAAGUCACGGGGACAGAAGGCUCCUCCCUCUGGUUCACUGGAGCCAGCCUCCCAGCCCCCGUCAUCAGCAGCAAGAACUGGCUGCGGCUGCACUUCACGUCGGACGGCAACCACCGGCAGCGCGGCUUCAGCGCGCAGUACCAAGUCAAGAAGCAAAUUGAGUUGAAGUCUCGAGGUGUGAAGCUGAUGCCCAGCAAAGACAACAGCCAGAAGACAUCUGUGUUAACUCAGGUUGGUGUAUCCCAAGGACAUAAUAUGUGUCCAGAUCCUGGCAUACCCGAAAGGGGCAAAAGACUAGGCUCGGAUUUCAGGUUAGGAUCCAGUGUCCAGUUUACCUGCAACGAGGGCUAUGACCUGCAAGGGUCCAAGCGGAUCACCUGUAUGAAAGUGAGCGACAUGUUUGCCGCCUGGAGCGACCACAGGCCAGUCUGCCGAGCCCGCAUGUGCGAUGCCCACCUUCGAGGCCCCUCGGGCAUCAUCACCUCCCCCAAUUUCCCCAUUCAGUAUGACAACAACGCACACUGUGUGUGGAUCAUCACAGCUCUCAACCCCGCCAAGGUGAUCAAGCUCGCCUUUGAGGAGUUUGAUUUGGAGAGGGGCUAUGACACCCUGACGGUCGGGGACGGUGGGCAGGAUGGGGACCAGAAGACGGUUCUGUACGUCCUGACAGGUACAUCGGUCCCAGAUCUCAUCGUCAGCACCAACCAUCAAAUGUGGCUCCUCUUCCAGACCGAUGGCAGCGGCAGCUCCCUGGGAUUCAAGGCUUCUUACGAAGAGAUCGAGCAGGGCAGUUGCGGUGACCCUGGCAUACCUGCCUAUGGCCGGAGGGAAGGCUCCCGGUUUCACCACGGUGACACGCUCAAGUUUGACUGCCAGCCUGCCUUUGAGCUGGUGGGGCAGAAGGCAAUCACGUGCCAAAAGAAUAACCAGUGGUCGGCUAAGAAGCCAGGCUGCGUGUUUUCCUGCUUCUUCAACUUCACCAGCCCAUCUGGGGUCGUCCUGUCUCCCAACUACCCAGAGGACUACGGCAACCACCUCCACUGCGUCUGGCUCAUCCUGGCCAGGCCCGAGAGCCGCAUCCACCUGGCCUUCAACGACAUCGACGUGGAGCCUCAGUUUGAUUUCCUGGUCAUCAAAGAUGGGGCCACCGCCGAGGCCCCGGUCCUGGGCACCUUCUCGGGAAACCAGCUCCCCUCCUCCAUCACAAGCAGCGGCCACGUGGCCCGCCUCGAGUUCCAGACUGACCACUCCACAGGGAAGAGGGGCUUCAACAUCACCUUCACCACCUUCCGACACAACGAGUGCCCGGAUCCUGGCGUUCCAGUGAACGGCAAACGGUUUGGUGACAGCCUCCAGCUGGGCAGCUCUAUCUCCUUCCUCUGUGACGAAGGCUUCCUGGGGACGCAGGGCUCAGAGACCAUCACCUGCAUCCUGAAGGAGGGCAGCGUGGUCUGGAACAGCGCCGUGCUGCGGUGUGAAGCUCCCUGCGGCGGGCACCUGACUUCCCCCAGCGGCACCAUCCUCUCCCCGGGCUGGCCCGGCUUCUACAAGGACGCCUUGAGCUGUGCCUGGGUGAUCGAAGCCCAGCCCGGCUACCCCAUCAAAAUCACCUUCGACAGAUUUAAAACCGAGGUCAACUACGACACCCUGGAAGUACGAGACGGGCGGACGUACUCAGCGCCCUUGAUAGGGGUUUACCAUGGGACCCAGGUCCCCCAGUUCCUCAUCAGCACCAGCAACUACCUCUACCUCCUCUUCUCCACCGACAAGAGUCACUCAGACAUCGGCUUCCAGCUCCGCUACGAGACUAUAACACUGCAGUCGGACCACUGUCUGGAUCCAGGGAUCCCCGUAAAUGGGCAGCGGCACGGGAAUGACUUCUACGUGGGCGCUCUGGUGACCUUCAGUUGCGACUCGGGCUACACGUUAAGUGACGGGGAGCCCUUGGAGUGUGAGCCCAACUUCCAGUGGAGCCGGGCCCUGCCCAGCUGUGAAGCUCUCUGUGGUGGCUUCAUUCAAGGUUCCAGUGGGACCAUCUUGUCACCAGGGUUCCCUGACUUCUACCCCAACAACUUGAACUGCACCUGGAUUAUCGAAACAUCACAUGGCAAGGGGGUGUUCUUUACUUUCCACACCUUCCACCUGGAGAGUGGCCACGACUACCUCCUCAUCACCGAGAACGGCAGCUUCACCCAGCCCCUGAGGCAGCUGACUGGCUCGCGGCUGCCGGCUCCCAUCAGCGCCGGGCUCUACGGCAACUUCACCGCGCAGGUCCGCUUCAUCUCUGACUUCUCCAUGUCGUACGAAGGAUUCAACAUCACCUUCUCAGAGUAUGACCUGGAGCCCUGCGAGGAGCCCGAGGUCCCGGCCUACAGCAUCCGGAAGGGCUUGCAGUUCGGCGUGGGCGACACCCUGACCUUCUCCUGCUUCCCCGGGUACCGUCUGGAGGGCACCGCCCGUAUCACGUGCCUGGGGGGCAGACGGCGCCUGUGGAGCUCGCCUCUGCCAAGGUGUGUUGCUGAGUGUGGGAAUUCAGUCACAGGCACUCAGGGUACUUUGCUGUCCCCCAACUUUCCUGUGAACUACAAUAACAAUCACGAAUGCAUCUACUCCAUCCAGACCCAGCCAGGGAAGGGGAUUCAGCUGAAAGCCAAGGCUUUCGAACUCUCGGAAGGAGAUGUCCUCAAGGUUUAUGACGGCAACAACAACUCGGCCCGCUUACUGGGUGUGUUCAGCCACUCUGAGAUGUUGGGGGUCACUUUGAACAGCACAUCCAGCAGUCUGUGGCUUGAUUUCAUCACUGACGCUGAAAACACCAGCAAGGGCUUUGAACUGCAGUUUUCCAGUUUUGAACUCAUCAAAUGUGAGGACCCAGGAACCCCCCAGUUUGGCUACAAGGUUCAUGAUGGAGGUCAUUUUGCAGGGAGCUCUGUGUCCUUCAGCUGUGACCCUGGAUACAGCCUUCGGGGCAGCGAGGAGCUGCUGUGUCUGAGUGGGGAGCGCAGGACCUGGGACCGGCCUCUGCCCACCUGUGUCGCUGAGUGUGGAGGGACAGUGAGAGGAGAGGUGUCGGGGCAGGUGCUGUCACCCGGGUAUCCAGCUCCCUACGAACACAAUCUCAACUGCAUCUGGAUCAUCGAGGCAGAUGCCGGCUGCACCAUUGGGCUCCACUUCCUGGUGUUCGACACGGAGGAGGUCCACGACGUGCUGCGCAUCUGGGACGGGCCCGUGGAGAGCGGGGUUCUGCUGAAGGAGCUGAGCGGCCCGGCCCUGCCGAAGGACCUGCACAGUACCUUCAACUCGGUCGUUCUGCAGUUCAGCACCGACUUCUUCACCAGCAAGCAGGGCUUCGCCAUUCAGUUCUCAGUGUCCACAGCAACGUCCUGCAAUGACCCUGGUGUCCCGCAGAAUGGGAGCCGGAGUGGUGACAGUUGGGAAGCUGGUGACUCAACGGUGUUCCAGUGUGACCCUGGCUAUACCCUGCAGGGAAGUGCAGAGAUCAGCUGUGUGAAGAUCGAGAACAGGUUCUUCUGGCAGCCCAGCCCGCCAACGUGCAUCGCUCCCUGCGGGGGAGACCUGACCGGACCCUCGGGAGUCAUCCUGUCGCCCAACUACCCAGAGCCCUACCCACCAGGCAAGGAGUGUGACUGGAAAGUGACCGUCUCGCCGGACUACGUCAUCGCCCUGGUAUUUAACAUCUUUAACUUGGAGCCUGGCUAUGACUUCCUCCAUAUCUACGAUGGACGGGACUCUCUCAGCCCUCUCAUAGGAAGCUUCUAUGGCUCCCAGCUCCCAAGCCGCAUUGAAAGCAGCAGCAACAGCCUCUUCCUCGCCUUCCGCAGUGACGCAUCUGUGAGCAAUGCCGGCUUCGUCAUUGACUACACAGAAAACCCGCGGGAGUCAUGUUUUGAUCCUGGUUCCAUCAAGAACGGCACGCGAGUGGGGUCCGACCUGAAGCUGGGCUCCUCCAUCACCUACUACUGCCAUGGGGGCUAUGAAGUUGAGGGCUCCUCCACCCUGAGCUGCGUCCUGGGGCCUGACGGGAAGCCCGUGUGGAACAAUGCCCGCCCAGUCUGCACAGCCCCCUGUGGGGGACAGUACGUGGGUUCAGAUGGAGUGGUCUUGUCCCCCAACUACCCUCAGAACUACACCAGUGGACAGAUCUGCUUGUACUUUGUCACCGUGCCCAAGGACUAUGUGGUGUUCGGCCAGUUCGCCUUCUUCCACACGGCCCUCAACGACGUGGUGGAGGUGCACGACGGCCACAGCCAGCACUCCCGGCUGCUCAGCUCCCUCUCGGGCUCCCACACAGGAGAAUCACUGCCCUUGGCCACCUCCAAUCAAGUUCUCAUCAAGUUCAGUGCCAAAGGCCAAGUCCCAGCCAGAGGUUUCCACUUUGUCUACCAAGCGGUGCCCCGAACCAGCGCCACGCAGUGCAGCUCUGUGCCGGAACCCCGCUAUGGCAAGAGGCUGGGCAGUGACUUCUCGGUGGGGGCCGUCGUCCGCUUCGAAUGCAACUCCGGCUAUGCCCUGCAGGGGUCCCCAGAAAUCGAGUGUCUCCCGGUGCCUGGGGCCCUGGCCCAGUGGAACGUCUCCGCACCCACGUGUGUGGUGCCGUGUGGCGGCAACCUCACGGAGCGCAGGGGCACCAUCCUGUCCCCCGGCUUCCCAGAGCCGUACCUCAACAGCCUCAACUGCGUGUGGAAGAUCAUGGUCCCCGAAGGCGCUGGCAUCCAGAUUCAGGUCAUCAGUUUUGUCACAGAACAGAACUGGGACUCCCUGGAAGUGUUUGACGGUGCAGAUAACACUGUAACCAUGCUGGGGAGUUUCUCAGGAACAACCGUGCCUGCCCUUCUGAACAGUACCUCCAACCAGCUCUACCUUCACUUCUACUCAGACAUCAGCGUCUCUGCAGCCGGCUUCCACUUGGAGUACAAAACGGUGGGCCUGAGCAGUUGUCCAGAACCUGCUGUGCCCAGCAACGGGGUGAAGACUGGUGAGCGCUACUUGGUGAACGACGUGGUCUCUUUCCAGUGUGAGCCGGGAUACGCCCUCCAGGGCCACGCCCACAUCUCCUGCAUGCCCGGAACCGUGCGGCGCUGGAACUACCCUCCUCCGCUCUGUAUUGCGCAGUGUGGGGGAACAGUGGAAGAGCUGGAGGGAGUGAUCCUGAGCCCGGGCUUCCCAGGCAACUACCCCAGUAACAUGGACUGCGCCUGGACGAUAGCACUGCCCGUGGGCUUUGGAGCUCACAUCCAGUUCCUGAACUUCUCCACCGAGCCCAACCAUGACUUCAUAGAGAUCCGGAACGGGCCCUACGAGACCAGCCGCAUGAUGGGAAGAUUCAGUGGGAGCGAGCUCCCUGGCUCCCUGCUGUCCACGUCCCACGAGACCACUGUGUAUUUCCACAGCGACCACUCCCAGAACCGGCCAGGAUUCAAGCUGGAGUAUCAGGCCUAUGAACUUCAAGAGUGCCCAGACCCAGAGCCCUUUGCCAAUGGCAUUGUGAGGGGAGCUGGCUACAAUGUGGGACAGUCAGUGACCUUCGAGUGCCUCCCAGGAUAUCAACUGAUCGGCCACCCUGUCCUCACCUGUCAACAUGGCACCAACCGGAACUGGGACCACCCCCUGCCCAGGUGUGAAGUCCCCUGUGGCGGGAAUGUCACCUCUUCCAAUGGCACUGUGUACUCCCCGGGGUUCCCCAGCCCAUACUCCAGCUCCCAGGACUGUGUCUGGUUGAUCACCGUGCCCAUUGGCCAUGGCAUCCGUCUCAACCUCAGCCUGCUGCAGACAGAGCCCUCCGGAGACUUCAUCACCGUCUGGGAUGGGCCACAACAGACGGCUCCACGGCUCGGAAUCUUCACCCGGAGCUUGGCCAAGAAGACGUUGCACAGCUCAUCCAACCAGGUCCUGCUCAAGUUCCAUCGCGAUGCAGCCACAGGAGGCAUCUUCGCCAUAGCCUUCUCCGCUUAUCCACUCACCAAAUGCCCUCCUCCCACCAUCCUCCCCAAUGCCGAAGUCGUCACAGAGAAUGAAGAAUUCAACAUAGGUGACAUCGUACGCUACAGAUGCCUCCCUGGGUUUACCUUAGUGGGGAAUGAAAUCCUAACCUGCAAGCUUGGAACCUACCUGCAGUUUGAAGGCCCACCGCCAAUAUGUGAAGUGCACUGCCCAACAAAUGAGCUUCUGACAGACUCCACGGGUGUGAUCCUGAGCCAGAGCUACCCCGGAAGCUACCCCCAGUUCCAGACCUGCUCUUGGCUGGUGAGAGUGGAGCCCGAAUAUAACAUCACCCUCACAGUGGAGUACUUCCUCAGUGAGAAGCAGUAUGAUGAGUUUGAGAUCUUUGAUGGGCCCUCAGGACAAAGUCCUCUGCUGAAAGCCCUCAGUGGGAAUUACUCAGCUCCCCUGGCGGUCACCAGCUCGAGCAACUCCGUGUACCUGCGCUGGUCGUCUGAUCACGCUUACAAUCGGAAGGGCUUUAAGAUUCGGUAUUCAGCUCCCUACUGCAGCCUGCCCAGGGCUCCCCUCCACGGCUUCAUCCUGGGCCAGACCAGCACCCAGCCCGGCGGUUCCAUCCACUUUGUCUGCAACACUGGCUACCGCUUGGUGGGACACAGCAUGGCCAUCUGUACCCGGCACCCUCAGGGCUACCACCUGUGGAGCGAGGCCAUUCCUCUCUGUCAAGCUCUUUCCUGUGGGCUUCCUGAGGCCCCCAAGAACGGAAUGGUGUUUGGCAAGGAGUACACAGUGGGAACCAAGGCUGUGUACAGCUGCAGUGAAGGCUACCACCUCCAGGAAGGCGCUGAGGCCACUGCGGAGUGUCUGGACUCAGGCCUGUGGAGCAACCACAAUGUCCCUCCGAAGUGUGUCCCUGUGGCCUGUCCCGAUGUCAGCAGCAUUGGCGUGGAGCAUGGCCGAUGGAGGCUCAUCUUUGAGACACAGUACCAGUUCCAGGCCCAGCUGAUGCUGGUCUGUGACCCUGGCUACUACUACACUGGCCAGAGGGUCAUCCGCUGUCAGGCCAAUGGCAAAUGGAGCCUCGGGGACUCUAUGCCCACCUGCCAAAUCAUCUCCUGUGGAGAGCUCCCCAUCCCCCCCAACGGGCACCGCAUCGGGACCCUGUCUGUCUACGGGGCGACAGGCAUCUUCUCCUGCAACUCCGGAUACACGCUGGUGGGCUCCAGGGUGCGGGAGUGCAUGGCCAACGGGCUCUGGAGUGGCUCUGAAGUCCGCUGCCUGGAGACAGAAACUAAACUGUACCUCGUCUUUUGUAAGCUCGGGUUUGAUUGACUCUCCCCCCCCACAAUCCCCACCAAAGCUGGACACUGCGGGACUCCUGAGCCUAUUGUCAAUGGACACAUCAACGGGGAGAACUACAACUACCGCGGCAGCGUGGUGUACCAGUGCAACGCCGGCUUCCGGCUGAUCGGCAUGUCCGUGCGCAUCUGCCAGCAGGAUCACCACUGGUCGGGCAAGACCCCUUUCUGUGUGCCAAUCACCUGUGGACACCCAGGCAACCCUAUCAAUGGCCUCACUCAGGGAAACCAGUUCAACCUCAACGAUGUGGUCAAGUUUGUUUGCAACCCUGGAUAUGUGGCUGAGGGGGCUGCUAGGUCCCAGUGCCUGGCCAGCGGGCAGUGGAGCGACACGCUGCCCACCUGCAGAAUCAUCAACUGCACAGACCCCGGACACCAAGAAAACAGCAUUCGUCAAGUCCACGCCAGCGGGCCGCGUGGGUUCAGCUACGGCACCACUGUGUCCUUCCAGUGCAACCGCGGCUUCUACCUCCUGGGCACCCCGGGGCUCAGCUGCCAGGGAGAUGGCACGUGGGACCGUCCCCGCCCCCAGUGUCUCUUGGUGUCCUGUGGCCACCCGGGCUCCCCUCCUCAUUCCCAGAUGUCCGGAGACAGCUUUACCGUGGGUGCGGUCGUGCGUUACAGCUGCACCGGCAAGCGGACUCUGGUGGGAAACGCCACCCGUAUGUGUGGGCUGGAUGGACACUGGACUGGCUCCCUCCCCCACUGCUCAGGAACCAGCGUGGGAGUUUGUGGUGACCCGGGGAUCCCGGCCCACGGCAUCCGACUGGGGGAGAGCUUUGAUCCAGGCAGUCUGAUGCGCUUCAGCUGCGAAGCCGGCCACGUGCUCCGGGGAUCCUCAGAGCGAACUUGUCAAGCCAAUGGCUCGUGGAGCGGCUCGCAGCCUGAGUGUGGAGUGAUCUCUUGUGGGAACCCCGGGACGCCAAGCAAUGCCCGAGUCGUGUUCAGCGACGGCCUGGUCUUCUCCAGCUCCAUCGUCUACGAGUGUCGGGAAGGCUACUACGCCACGGGCCUGCUCAGCCGUCACUGCUCAGUCAAUGGCACCUGGACAGGCAGUGACCCCGAGUGCAUAGUCAUAAACUGUGGGGACCCUGGGAUUCCAGCCAAUGGCCUCCGGCUGGGCAAUGACUUCAGGUACAACAAAACUGUGACCUAUCAGUGUGUCCCUGGCUACAUGAUGGAAUCACAUAGGGUAUCUGUGCUGAGCUGCACCAAGGACCGAACAUGGAAUGGUACCAAGCCCAUCUGCAAAGCUAUCAUGUGCAUGCCACCGCAGCUCGUCCCCAAUGCGAAAGUGGUGGGGUCUGACUUCACGUGGGGCUCCAGCGUGACCUACGCCUGCCUGGAGGGGUACCAGCUCUCCCUGCCCGCGGUGCUCACCUGCGAGGGAAACGGAUCCUGGACCGGAGAGCUGCCUCAGUGUUUCCCUGUGUUCUGCGGAGACCCUGGUGUCCCAGCCCAUGGGAGGAGAGAGGACCGAGGCUUCUCCUACAGGUCGUCUGUCUCCUUCUCCUGCCAUCCCCCGCUGGUGCUGGUGGGCUCUCCCCGCAGGUUUUGCCAGUCGGACGGGACGUGGAGCGGCACUCAGCCCAGCUGCAUAGAUCCGACGCUGACCAUGUGUGCAGACCCUGGCGUACCGCAGUUUGGGAUUCAGAACAAUUCCCAGGGCUACCAGGUCGGAAGCACAGUGCUGUUCCGUUGUCAGAAAGGUUACCUGCUUCAGGGCUCCACCACCAGGACCUGCCUCCCCAACCUGACCUGGAGUGGAACCCCGCCCGACUGUGUCCCCCACCACUGCAGGCAGCCAGAGACGCCAACCCAUGCCAACGUCGGGGCCCUGGACCUGCCCUCCAUGGGCUACACACUCAUCUACACCUGCCAGGAGGGUUUCUCCCUCAAGGGGGGCUCCGAGCACCGCACCUGCAAGGCGGACGGCAGCUGGACAGGCAAGCCGCCCAUCUGCCUGGUGGUCCGGCCCAGUGGGAGACCCGUCAACACUGCCCGGGAGCCGCCACUCACGCAAGCCUCGAUUCCUGGGGAUGUUUUUGCCAAGAAUUCACUGUGGAAAGGGGCCUAUGAGUACCAGGGGAAGAAGCAGCCAGCCAUGCUCAGAGUGACUGGUUUCCAGGUGGCCAACAGCAAGGUCAACGCCACCAUGAUUGACCACAGUGGUGUGGAGCUGCACUUGGCUGGAAUUUACAAGAAAGAAGAUUUCCAUCUCCUGCUCCAGGUUUACCAGAUUACAGGGCCUGCGGAGAUCUUUGUGAACAAGUUCAAAGAUGAUCACUGGGCUUUAGAUGGGCACGUCUCCUCGGAGUCCUCCGGAGGCACCUUCAUCUACCAAGGCUCCGUCAAGGGCCAAGGCUUUGGGCAGUUCGGCUUUCAAAGACUUGACCUCAGGCUGUUGGAGUCCGACCCCGAGUCCAUCGGCCGCCACUUUGCUUCCAACAGCAGCUCCGUGGCAGCCGCCAUCCUGGUGCCUUUCAUUGCCCUCAUCAUCGCGGGCUUCGUGCUCUAUCUCUACAAGCACAGGAGAAGACCCAAAGUCCCGUUCAAUGGCUAUGCUGGCCACGAGAACACCAAUGUUCGGGCCACGUUCGAGAACCCAAUGUAUGACCGCAACAUCCAGCCCACAGACAUCAUGGCCAGCGAGGCGGAGUUCACAGUCAGCACAGUGUGUACCGCGGUAUAGCCACCCGGCCCGGCCGCCUCCACCGCCACCGAGAGCCCCGCCUCCAGCAGCUGCUCCCCCGGGGCAGGACGCAGGCCCCCCGAGCACAGCGCCCGGCGCCCAUCUCCGUCUGUCUCCACCCAUGUCCGCUACUGCUGGGACUCGCGCCCUUGCCCUGCCACCAUCUGUGCCCACCGCCCUGGAGGGGCCUCCCAUGUGCCCUGACUUGCUGCAGAUGGAGGAAGGACGUCCAUGGAUUUGGAAGAGCAGAGCGACCUGCGACCUGUGGGUGUGCAUGUGUGUGCAUGGGCCUGAGCACACACAGUCACACACGCCUCUCCUUCCUUCUCGUCCCGUGGAAGAGACCACGAAGGCUUCGGACAGAGGAGUGUGUGUGACAGAUGCCAUGUGCCCUGCUCCCCACAAACGCCGAGGAGAGACGAAGACAGGGAGGCAGAGUGCUCUGGCAGCCACCACGCCCCCCGCCCGCCCCGCGUGCAAGGACACAGCGACUGGACCCGUAGGACACGUCCCAUGUGGUCAGUGUGCAGGAACCAGCCAUCUGUUGAUGGACUGUCCCAUCUUCACAGUGACAGCAAGGAUUACCCCAAGGGCAGGAAAUAAGUCUUCAGAAAUAGUUCGGAAAGCAAUUUCUUCAUUUUUUUUUCCAAACAUAAUUUUAUUGUGUUCUAAGCCCAGUGGAUUAAAAAGUCAUUUGGGUCCAAGGCAGCACUGGGAAGGAAGGGCAGGUUGUUGGGGUGGGGUGGGGACAGGGCAGGAGUCUAGCCGGGAGCCCAGGAUCAAGUCUGGCUGUCGGUGACAAGGAGAAGAGAAAACAAGUUUAUGGCCCAGAUGGAGAGGCCAGGUCUGGAGACGGCAGGGGGUGCUGGGAAGGACAGGGGAGAAAGUCAGCCCCGGGACCCGAAAGUGACGGCCACCGUGCACUGGGCUUCUUCUCUGUGCCUGACAUCCACCUACGUUAUUUCCAGUCCAUACAUCACCAAAACAUAGGGCCUAUUAUUCCCAUUUUCUAGAUAAGAACACAGAAGCCCAGCAGGGUGAGGAGACAUGAACCACAGAGGUAGUGUGGACUCAGAAGACAAGCCCAGGUUGGUCUGACCCAAAGUCCAGCACACCAGCAGCCGGAAAGCCCAGUUUAAAGGGCGCCCAGGACAGGCAGAAGCAGAUUAAUCUACUAUGGCCAGGUCUGGCAGGCCAGGCAGGGGACCCAUGUGUUCUGUCUGGGAUCUGCUCUCUGCACCCGGCAGCAGCAGGGCAAGGACCCGGCACCCCAGGCCUCCUGCAGCUGGCGCUGGCCCCUGGGCUCCCAGCAGCCCCUGACCAUAGCAGACAAAGGGCCAGGCAGCUCCUGAAUCUAAGGAAUGGAGUGACUGCGAGUCACACUCGCCAGCUCCUUGCAGGUGGCUUAGAUUUAUUUUGACAGCUUCAUUGUGCUUGGGUCAGUAAUAAAUUCCACGUGGGUAUUGUUGGGAAGCUAACCAGUUUAGGAAUCAAAGUAUGGCAUUUAGAGCCACUCCCUCUGUCCUCAGGAAGGUCCCCAUGGGCUUAGGCACCUGUGCAUGUGUGACAUGCUGGCCUCAGAUGUUCAUGUCACAGAUUGAAAUAACAAAUAGAAAUGUGGGAGUGGAGGGGCAGGGACACUUGGUUCUUAAGCAAAUUCUGGGUUGGAACAAUUCAAGCUCUGACUGAUGUUAAGGUUGGCUGGAGUAAAGUGAGAAGUGUCCAUUUCUGGCAGAUACAAUGGAGGCUGGCAAUGGCAGGACCCCACCCCUGGCGCACCCCACUGGGACCUGGCACCCCAGGCCUGGCGGGAGAGGACGGAUGCAGAUUAACAAACACGCUCAUCUCUUUCUUCCCCUGGGAGCAAAGGCAGGAAGCUCUUUGACCGCUGUCUUCCCCUUCUUAACCCUCCUCUUACACCACCCAGUGGACUCCUGCCCCAGCCCUGCCUCCACCCCGUCCCCUGUGUCUCCUUGUAAAGUCCCACGAGAUGCCCAAGGAGCACCUGCUGGUGGGGCACCGGCCCCCUGCUGUGUGUCACCCUCUCCACCUGGCGUUUUCUCGCCCCUCCAGCGGCUUGGAAGGGAACAGGGCAGACCAGGCUCUGUCCCCCACCAUUCACACACACACCCACCACCAUCCCAAGAGGAAAAAAAAAGUAAAACAAACACAAAAAUUAAAAAAAAAAAUCUUUUGUACAGAGAUAUAUUUUUAUUAUACAAAGUUUGUACAGUACCAAAAAAGAAAGAAAAAAGGUGUAAAUUUUUUUUCAUUAUUGUAGGUAAAUGGUAGUGGAAGCCUUUUUUGUAAAUGUAAUAAAAUGUAUAAAUAUGGUUUUCAGAAAACAUCGAGUGCUGUAAAUAUGUAAUCUACACACCUUCCUGGCUUGUCUGCAGUAUAUACAUUUAAUUUAUCUGUCUCUGUAUAUGAGGCUUCCCCCCCCUGGGGUCCUGCAUUAUGGUACUUUCCUGAAUUUGAAAGCAAUUUUAAAUUUUUUGAAUUCAAAUAAAAUAUAAAUUUUUGCA